GAGAACCUGUUCUCUCGGCGCCCGACACAGAUUCUGACGUCCGACCGCUUCGGCUGUCGGCAGAAAACGAAGGAGGACAUGACACAGAGACUCCCGAGCGUGACAAGCGCGUUUGUGUUUGAUUUAAUUUACCUCGUUGAGCAGAAUCCGUCCCUCUGGAGGUUUAACGAUGAGCAGUAUCGAAAUGUUCCAACAAAGCAGAUGCUGUGGGAAAAAAUAUCUCAGGACAUGAGGGAAAAACACCCGGAUGUCCAAGUAACAACAGAUAUUGUCAAGGCUCUUUUUGCAACAAAGCGGCGACAAUAUCAGGACGAACGGAGGACAAAAUUGACUAUACGAACCGGAUCAGAGGCACCAGUAUACACUGGGAAGUGGCAGUUUUAUAGUGCCCUCACAUUUCUUGACCAAAACUGCUCACCAGGGCCAGUGACGAUUACUGGAGUGCAAGAGCCAAGGCCACCUCAGCAGCAGCAGCCAGUGUCCGUUCACGUUAGUGAGCAAGAACAUUCGCCCGUAUUCUAUGCCCUGGAAUCCGUGCAGCCCGACGAAGAACAGGAAGAACGAAUAACAGUUCAGCAGAACACGAGCCACAGGGAACAGUUAAACAGCUCGCCUGCUGUAGCUGCAGGCUCGCCGAAGCCUCCUCGGCAGCAGAAACGGACGAGGUGCACGGACGAUGAAAAAUGUGGCCAACAGGCUUUAAGCGAAAUUGUAGCAGCACUCACCGCACCGCCCCCAGAGCCUGAUGAAUGCAGGUCAUUUGGGGAAAUCGUAGAGUGCCGUCUACGCCAAAUGCCUGUGGCACUACGGAACUUGGCAGAGGUACGAAUAUUAACCCUGCUAAAUGAUAUGACAAGCUGAUUCUGGUUGGUUGGUUUCUUUCUUUUUUGAAUCCGUGUGAGCGCCGCGAAGCAAUUGUGGCUAUAAGCGGUGUACAGGUGUGGACAGAUGGAGAGAGGACAGCAGGAAGGAGUGGGGAACAGGAGUUAGUAUGAGUCUUGGGCCGACUUCAGGGGCAACAGUGCCCACAUUCGUCUGGAAAGUCUUCUUCGGAAAACCCAAGGAAAACCUCAGACAGCACAGCCGGUUGUAGGAUUCCAACCCUCCACCUUCCAGUCUUCAGCACGGCCUUGGCUAUGGUUGGUUGAUGUAAAAGAGAGAAAAAAAAAUCAUGGAGAUGUUGGCCCAACCCUACAUUGGGUCGGAUACUCCAGCACGCGUAGGAGGACGAGGUCUCGCUACCAAGGAUUCUAAGAUGAUGAAUUGUUCCACGAAAGUACACACAGAAAAAUUGCUCCACAAAAAGGAGAUCACAGAGUGGAACACGUGUCUCUACGUAGUUCGCGCCAGUCACCGAGUACUUUCUUGAGGCCAAGAGGGCCUCCGUUGUGUCUGUCCCAUGCAUUCCAGUGAACUUUACGACUUGCUGCGAAUAGCGCGCAGCUGAGCAGUUGUGUCGAAUGCAUUGUUCAUGUCUUGUACUGCAUCAAUCACGUAAAUUCAAUGUAUUCAAUUUAUGUGUACAUUAGCAAGUGCAAUACAGUAAUUCAUUCACAAGUAUUGUGUGAUUGUAAUGUCACGAAUUAGAUAUAAAAUAAAUAUGGAAGGUUUGUCGUCCCUAUACGUGAUGUCCCAAUAUAUGACAAACGUGAAACUAUUCAAGUUGCUGUGCCCUGUCAGCAGCUCACCGUACCUCGUCAAGGCGCUCUCUGUGUAAAACGUAAUGGUGUACGUGUAUCUCGGUGCGCUAGCCCGUUUUAUAUUAUUAAAUGUGCUCUGGCGUUCAUUACAUACAAUAGAAUAGAAGUAGAAAGCAAGGAGAAAAAACAACAACACAGCUUUGAUCUAUGUAUUACAGGCACUUUUAUGUUGUGGAGCAACUUUCAAAUACUGUGUACCUUGCUUCCCAACAUAAACCACGAAUGCUCUAACCGCUGUGUUUAAUUUCUUGGUAAUUUUCCUGAGUAUAAUUUCAUAGCAAUUUCCGAGCGCUAUAGGCCGUGUUGCCAU